AAGCGCUUAAAUCACCCUCCAGUUUGGGGUGUUGCCAUCUCAUUCAUCUAGAAACCUCCAUCGUCACAAGAAGCACUGGCUUAUUUCCUUUAACGCAUCUACUUAACUUCAUAAACAUGUCUUACUGUAAAGUUCUCCCCGCUGUGGCCAGAGUGAGGCCGGCUCGUGUGUUUGGCGCGAGGCUUCGCUCCUCAGCAGCAGCAUCCACGCAGCACAAAGAGCAGAAGAGCGAAGAAGCGCCGCUGGCUCCGUCCUGCACGGUGCUGGAGAAACCCUGCGAGGUGGACCUCAUCCGUCGCAAAGCGCACACGGAGCGCCUGAGGAUCUCCAUCGACUUCGACAACACACAAGAAGCCUACAAGAGCAAAGACACGCUGGAGCUCCUCAGAAGUCUGCUGGUCUUCAAACUCUGCACCUUUGACUUCCUGGUUGACAAAAAUAAAGAGUUGACGGACCUCAGUAGGAAGGUUGGUCAGCAGCUCUUCGAGAAACUGAUGAAAAUGACCUUCUACGGCCAGUUUGUGGCAGGCGAGGACCAGAACGCCAUCAAACCUCUGAUCGAGAAGAACCAGGCGUUUGGUGUGGGUUCGGUGCUGGACUACAGCGUGGAGGAGGACCUGACUCAAGAAGAGGCUGAGAAGAAGGAGAUGGACUCCUGUGUUUCUGAGGCUGAGAAAGAGAGUCAUGGUGUGGAUCAUCGUGAGAAGAAGUACAAAGCUCAUCGUCAAUUCGGAGAUCGGCGCGGAGGAGUGAUCAGCGCUCGCACGUAUUUCUACGCAGACGAGGCCAAGUGUGACCAUCACAUGGAGACCUUCAUCAACUGCAUCAAAGCUUCCGCUGGAAGCUCUGUGGAUGGGUUCUCGGCUAUUAAGAUGACGGCACUGGGCCGGCCGCAGUUCCUGCUGCAGUUCUCCGAGGUCCUGGUGAAGUGGAGGAGGUUCUUCAAUCUGCUGGCGGCUCAUCAGGGGAAGGAGGGCAUGGCGAUACUGGAGCAGAAGCUGGAGCUGGAACAGCUGCAGGACAGUUUGAUCAAGCUGGGAGUUGGUGCAAAAUCAGACAUUGAGAACUGGUUUACUGGAGAGAAACUGGGUUCAUCAGGGACCAUUGAUCUGUUGGACUGGAACAGCCUCAUCAAUGACACAACCAAGAUCUCCAACCUGCUGGUGGUGCCCAACAUGGAGAGCGGUCACCUGGAGCCUCUGUUGAGCAAAUUCACUGAUGAAGAGGAGAAACAGAUGAAGAGGAUGCUACAGAGAAUGGACGUCCUCGCCAAGCACGCUGUGGAGAACGGCGUGAGGCUGAUGGUGGACGCAGAACAGACGUAUUUCCAGCCGGCCAUCAGCAGACUCACGCUGGAGAUGCAGAGGAUCUUCAACAGGGAAAAACCCAACAUCUUCAACACCUACCAAUGCUACCUGAGAGAGGCGUAUGAUAACGUGUCGGUGGAUGUGGAGCUGUCGCGGCGGGAGGGCUGGUACUUCGGUGCCAAGCUGGUCAGAGGAGCGUACAUGUAUCAGGAGAGAUCUCGCGCGGCAGAGAUCGGAUAUGAAGAUCCCAUCAACCCUGACUAUGAGGCCACCAACAGGAUGUACCACAAGUGUCUGGAGUACAUUCUGGAGGAGAUCAACCACAACAGGAUGGCAAACGUCAUGGUGGCAUCUCACAACGAGGACACGGUCAAAUUCACGCUGGAAAAAAUGAACGAGAUGAGUCUCUCUCCCACCGAGAAUAAGGUUUACUUUGGACAGCUGCUGGGGAUGUGUGAUCAGAUCAGCUUCCCGUUGGGUCAGGCGGGAUUCCCGGUGUACAAGUAUGUGCCGUACGGCCCGGUGAACGAGGUCAUCCCGUACCUGUCUCGCCGAGCGCAGGAGAACCGCGGCUUCAUGAAGGGAUCGCAGCGAGAGCGCAGCCUGCUGUGGAAGGAGCUCAAGCGCAGACUCUUCAGUGGACAACUGCUCUACAAACCUGUCUACUAAACCACAGCAUCAACAUCAGCUGACCUCCUUCUCUACCGCAGAGCAGAACCAUGUUAGUGAGGGAACAUCAGCACAGGAUGGACUUUUUAUAGGUUUUAGAGAUUGCCAUCAGUGGCUGUAAAUUAAACUGGAGUUAAAGACAGUAUGAAAUUGCAUUUGCAAUGCCUUUAACUUCUGCAAUGUGACGUGAAACAGAAAGUGAAACAAUGGAACUUUAUCUGAUGAAAAGCAAACCUUUAGAAAUGCGUUGUUUUUGUAGAUCGAUAGUUGUUGUUUUUUUCAAUGAAAAACAGACAUUUCAAAAUA